AAUACCGAGGAGGAGAGCGGGAAAAUGGAAGGGGAAUGGUGGAAAAAGCAACCGGUUCCGGGCUUUAUCCCAUCCUCCUCCUCCUCAUUUAUUAUUCUUUCUUUCUUCCCUCCUCCUCCUCCUCCUCCCACCAUCGCCCACUCUUAAUUUGAGAGGAGAAUAAUUUUAUUCCUCUCUUCUUCUCCAUCUCCUCCUCUCUCUCGCUCAUCUCUUCGUGGCCGAAGCCAUGGCGGUGGCCUUGGAAAGAUUCUCGAUUCGAGAAUAUACGGCGAAGAUGAGGAGCGUGGACUUUGGCAAGUGCUGGCCUUUCGAUGGGGAUGGGGAUCGGAAGAGAGAGGGAGAGAUGGGGCGGUCGCUGCCUCCGAUUUCUUUCCGGAAGUUCCGAUGGUGGUUUGACGAGCUCGAGGAGACGCGAUCGGCCGAAGAGAAGCCCGAUGGGGGCGCCUUCCGGGGCUUCGAGCUGGAGAGACCCGGAGCGCUGCCGACGGAGGAGGGGAGGCAGAUGAGGACGCCGGUGAAGGCGAAGCAAAGGGCGCCCAAGAAGAGGUCCAUCGUGGAGCUGUUCGCCGUGUCGCCGCAGAUCGGGGCCGUCGAAGACGAGACUGACGGCUGUGAUGGAGGGGAAGGAAAAGGAGGCGCUGUGGAAGAUGAAGAACGAGAAAAAGAAGUCGAAGGCGAAGAGGAAGGAAGAGAAGAGAGUUUGGGAGGGGGAGACGGGGGCGGCGGCGGUACGGAUGGGAGGGUUUCUUCUCCAAGAAAAAGAAAAGAGAGGGUGAAAGAAAUCCAGAAGAAAAAGAAGAUGACGAAAAAAUCAUGGAUGAAAUAUAAGAGUAAGAAGAAGAAGAAAUUAAAAGUCGAUAUUUGUGCUGCAAAAAAGGAGAAAAAUUAUAGGACCAAAACAUCAUAUUCAGGUGAUAUUUCUCAGUUGCUUCAAGAUUCGGGGUGUAAAAAGAGGCUAAGAAAGGCUUUGAGGGAUUCUGUUGAUGUCAGAAAGAAGAAACCAUCAACAGCGAAAAGUUUACUGAAGAAGCAAAAUUGCAGGUUAAUCCGAGAUUCCAAGUUGCUUUUUAAAAAGCAGGAGGCAGCAAAGGUCUUGCCAAUUCAUGGCAUCCUCAAGAAUCAUGCAAAAGCCUCUUCUAUCAAGAAGUCCAGUCUGAAAGGCAAUACACAAGGUGGAAAUUCUUUUAAGCCUUCUUGUGUUUCAGAAAAGCAUGUAACAUUUUCUGGCAAGGAUGACAUACUUGGACACAGCAAGAGUUUUUCUCCUUUGGAGCUGCCUCAAUUGCAAAGCCUUUGUAAAAUAUUUUCUGAUGUCUUGGCUGCAUCAUCAGCUAGGGGUGAUUUAGGCAAAGGUGAUAAAGUUCCACCUCCUACUAAGGGAGCUCAGAUGGUGAAUGAUAGUGAAGAUGAUGCUGUGGCUAGUGGCGCAGAGGGAACAUCUGGAGGUGGCAAGAUACAGUUGAGUGAUGCUCACAGUCAUUCUGCUUCCCAUGAGUUAAUUAAUGCCAAUAAUGGGACCUAUCCUGAUAGAGAGAUAUCCUGCUUGGGUGAAGUUGUAGACUUGAAUAGUGCGAUACAGAGCUCCAGUAAUUCAAAUUGUGUACACCCUGGUGGCCCAGGUUUCUCAGCCAGUCACGUGUAUUCAGGCAACCAACCAGUUCUGAAUUCUUAUGGUAAAGAAGUGUCAAGUUCUAAUGAAGGAAUUCAUUCAGAUGAAAGAACAAAAAGAAAUCUGCCUGCUCCCAUUGAAAGUGGUAUUUCAAGUUCUGAAGUGAUGAGUUCACUGACUGUGACCAGGAGUCUACUUUCACAGCCUUCGACAACCUGUUCGGUAAUGAGUACGGAAGCAAAUGAGAGGCAACCAGAUUUAUCACUAGGGCCCAGGAUUGAUGUUGAUAGAUGUGUUUCACAGAUUCAACCUGUGCGCUUUAUCGCUCCUAAAAAUUUGAGAGGAAGUAUAUGCACUUCAGGUGGAUUAAAAGGAUCUGGGGAAACAAGACUAGUGUCAGAUCAGAUGCCCAUCUGCAAGGAUAAGUGUAUUGAUGGGGACUUUAUUGGCCUGCCUCUUAAUUCUCAAGGAGAGCUCAUCAAGUUGCAUUCUAGUGGUAAGUUUGGUCUUCAUGAUUUGUUUAAGCAUCAAAACACAGUACUGGGUUCUUGCUGUAGCUUCCCAGUUUCUAAUCUAGUUGAGUCAAGGAGUAACAUGGAUCACAUGAACACGAGAGGAAAGUUUCCUGCUGCACCAUUGUACAUGAAAGAUCAGUUGAGAUGGUACCCAGAACGGUGCAACAAUCCUGCCAAUAUUCCUGUAACUUCUGGGCGAGGUAUUAUGCAGUUGCAUGGUUUGGAAAGGAUGGAAGUUCAGAACCAUGUAGCAGUGAGGGACAAAGACCAACAUUUCCAUCAUGGACCAAAUUCCAUGAAAGUUUCUUGUUAUGGGUGCAGGGAACAUAGCCAUCAAGAUCAUAAUUUGAACAACAGGGACAAGUUUCAAGCAGAGGGAAAUUUGAACCACAGGGUUCAGCCUGCUCACCAACCAACAAUGCGCUUGAUGGGUAAAAAUGUUACAGUCGGUAAAAGUAGCGAAGAAUGCAGAAAUUUUGAUGAUGGAAAGAUUUGGACUGACAAGGAAAUAAUUAGUGAACACAGCCCCUCUGUAAGACUGUCUGCUACAUCCCUUCCAAGCCAAUGGCUUCAACAUGAGUGGUUUAAACAUCCGGCAUCUGAGGCUUCAAGAUUUUUACAACCAUUAGAAUCUUCAUCGAGCAUUUAUUGCAGUCCAGCAGUCGAACCAAGUCAUAUGCAUUUUGAUUGUCAAGAACGGUGGAUAUCAAGAAAUGGCCUUUCGUCCACCAUGAGAAAUCAUGGUUCCAUGUUGAAUCCUUCUAGCCAUCCACCACCUCCUCAAACAAUGCUGAAUAAGACAUCUAACCGUGCAGUAAAUUCUGUAACUGAUUAUGUUGAAAUGGGGCAUCAAAUACCAAUUGUGGCAGCUCCUCAAAAUAUUAGUCAGCAUAUGCUGCUAAUGUCUACACAUUGCAAGCAUAGCCAGAGCUUUUCCUUCAGUACAUCGUCAAUAUCCCACCCUGCAUUUUUAAGUCAGAAUUGUGGGAAUUUUGUUGAAUCAUCAUCAGUUCAUUCCUCUUCACUUUGCCAUCCAGAGUGGCUGUUAAAUGCAGAACAGCAUAAGAAGAGCAACAAAUCCUCUUUUCCCUUCUGUUCUGAUCGUAUUGGUAUUCAUCACUCCUGCACAACACCAGGAAGUAAGCUCCCUCUGCUUCCUUAUAUGUAUCCCACAUCAAUUAUAUCUUUUCCUGUUUAUAAUACUGGUUCUUCGCACACCUGUGGCUCUACUCCUGUACUUCAUUCUCCAUUUAUCCCACUCUAUCCUGCAAGCAAAACCACUUUUUCAGGCAAUGCCAGCUUUAGGAACAAGAUUAAGCACAGGGAUGGAACAAAAUCCAAGCUUACGUAUCUCAAAAGUCUGGAUCGGGCAAACAAAAGUAACAAAAGGCCUGUAGCUAAAGAUGAUGGAUUCAUGAAACCAGCAAAGAAGCCUCGUUUAACAAUACAAGACAGCUCUAAUGUUCCAGUAGGCCCAAGGAGAGAACAGUUGAAUGGUUGUUCAUCAGAUGAUGUAGGAACACCAGAAAUAUCAGUUUUGGCUAGUAAAAUUAUUGAUGAUGGUCUUCCAGUAACAAGCAAUGAAAAAAAUGGUUCAAAAAUUUCUUCCGCCUCUAGUUCUUUAAACCCUUCGGGUGGGACAAGACCAGGACCUGUCAAACUGAGUGCAGGAGCAAAGCAUAUACUAAAGCCCAGUCAAAAUAUGGAUCAGGAUAAUUCUAGACCGAUUCAUUCAACCAUCCCUUUUGCAGUUGGGACAAGUUGUAGUACAGCUCCAGUUUCUCAGAAAUCAGCAACAAUUUACAGGUUCUAAUGGCCAUGUGCAACCUUAUUAAGGAAGGUUUAAGUGAUGAUUUCUUCUGUAAAAUAUGUUCCACCUAAAUGCUUAGCUGUCGAGUGAAUACUAUUUCGGUAAUGGUUCCUUUUUGAUUCUAAUGUGGUGACAUUGGUUUUUGGUAUGGAAGGGAAGCAUUACAUGGUUGCAGCUCUAUAUACUCAGGUGCGUAGAAUUUUACAUUAUUGGACUGCUAAUCUUUGGGUUUUCCAAAGCUCCUGUUGCUGCAACAAUUUGAACCUUGAGCUGUGAUCAGGUAAUUUGUAUUUUCUUCCUAGAAUCCAAUAUCCCUGUUUUGAAUCAGAUGUAAUAGCAUGUUAUUGUCUUGGCAUUAAUUUGUAUCUUUUUCUUAAAGUCUUAAUUUUUUGUCUGAAAGUACAAUGCCAGCUAAUUGUGGAUUCAUUCUGUUACUUAUUGUCAUGCUACUUACAUUUGUUUGAGUAUGGAGCUUACAGAGUUGUGUAUUUUUUCC